AUGCGUAAUAUUGGAAAGAUUAGAAAGUACUUAGAUCAACCCACUUUUAACAAGUAAAAUUGACUUUUGCAACAGUCUCCUAUUUGGGUUCUCGAAAAAGCAGCUUGAUAAAUUGCAACGCAUUGUAUUAAAUGCCCCUGCGAGAAUUACUACAAAGACAAACAUUUCAGCCCAUUUCUCCGGUAUAACCUGCGUUUAAUCCAGAAGGAUUAAGUUGAUUCUAAUCAUAACCUACAAAGCACUGAAUGGAAUGGCCCCGUCCUACAUUUGUGAUCUACUGCAAAUUCAUCACCCCACCAGAAGUCUUCGUUCUGCAUCCAGGGGUCUGUCAUUGGUAGUACCUAA